AUGUCAAACCUGCAAACUCCGAUCCUUGAUCACAUUGUCAUUCUCGUCUCUCACAAAGCUCUUCUUGACCUCUCCAAGCAUACCGAAGGCCAAUUUACUCUUGCGCCGGGUGGCAACCAUGCCGAUGGACUCACCACCAAUAAAUUGAUCCUUCUUGCGGACGGUGUUUACCUCGAAUUCAUCGCCUUCUUUGAUGACAUUGAUCCAGAGAGACGCCGCGCUCAUCGUUGGGGAAACGAGAAGGAGAACACCAUCAUUGACUGGGCCUUUACUUUACGGUCGGAAGACGACUUCGGUGCCGUCCAGCAACGAUUCAAAGGUGCUGGAACCGAAGCUUCCUACACAGAUCCGAUCCCUGGUGGUCGCACCAAGCCAGAUGGGACUGUGCUGAAGUGGGCAGUUUGCGUCCCUCAAAUCGCCCAAGGGAAGGUUGUUCCUGGCUCUUUGCCGUUCUGGUGUUUGGAUAGAACACCUCGGGCCAACCGUGUGCCUUACCAAGUCGAGCCACAGCUCACUGAGCAUCCCAAUGGUAUACAAGGCAUCUCUUCUGUCUCGGUGCAAGUUCCCAAAGAAAAUUCAUCGAGCUUCAAGGGUGCAUAUGAUGCGAUAUUUGGAGGGGCAUGGGACUAUCAAGUUCCUUCUGCAUCUGAGAUUGGCACGCAUGCUGUUACCUUGUCGGAGGGAGAUGCUGCUGUUCGGCUAAUUUUCAGUGGAUCGAAGCAAGGGCAAGUUGAGCUCUUGCCUGGGCUCAUCUUCGACAUCGAAGGCCAGUGA